AUGGAAACAAUAAAAAGCGCAUAUCUAACCCUGAUGUGCUCCGGAUUUGAUCUAAGCAAGAAUGGUGCAUUCGAUAUGCUCGGUGAAAAGUUUCACCCAAGGGUCGAAUCGAUCAUUACUGACCACGUGAAGAGGAUUAAGCAGAAACUGGCCCACGAAAAUCUGCUGGAAAAGUACUGUGCUGCCUGGAGAGAUUACAAGGUGGACAGCAACAACCUCCACAUGCUCUUCUUACAUUACAACAAUUGGAUUAUACAAGAGAUCAAAAUCUGUAUUCAAGAUUCAUAUAUGCUCGACACCGGCUACAAAAAUAAAUUAACUAAUCUUGAGGAUAUGACAAAUUUGGCGUGGAAGACACACGUACUGGAGCCAAUAAGUCUCGAAAUCACGAGCUUGCUGUGGAAUGCCAUCGAAGAAGAAGAAGAAGAAAAUGAAGUGACCAAAGUCGUGCAUGAAAUUGUGCAAUCCUUUGAGCAAGUUAAUGCAGAUGACCUCUUGGAGACGUUCUUUGAGAAACUGGGAGAGCUUUACGAAUCAAAGACAAGUGAAUGGUUCCAAGGAUUGAACGCGGCUGAGUUCAUCGAAAAAGUUGUGCAGAUGAUGGAAGAAGAAGUCACGCGGUGCAAAACAUUUCUUCCUGAGAGAUCCAUUGGCAAGAUGAAAGAAAUCUUCAUCGAGAAAGCUUCCUGCUUGGAGCGCAUUGAUGAGAUGAUGAUGGUAUGCCAGCAGAUGCUCAAGGAAAAUCGCAAGGACGAGUUGGAAAACCUGUACGAAAUCCUUCAGCUGCUUCCUGCUGAAAGCAAAAGAUUCGAACGUCUGUCGGCGACCUUGCGAAUCACGGUGCUAAAUGAGGCUUUGAAUUCAUCCUUCUUGAACAUGGAGGAGUUCGAGGCAAACUUGCAGAGAAUUUACAGAAAGUACAAUGCGCUGAUAGAGGAGCUAUUUUCCCAGAACUAUCUUUGCAUUGGUGAGCUGCAGAAAGUCCUGGGGUACGACAAUCGAGAAGAUCGCUGCGAUGGCACCUGGAUGUUGGUGAAAUGCAUGAAGGAGUUUAGCAGUUCAGAAAAAUCAGAAAAUUCAAAAAAAUUAAGAAAAAAAAUCAAGAAAAAAGCAUCUGACCUCAAGGAUCUAAAAUUGAUCUUCAAAAAGCUCAACUUGCCGGAGAAUCUUGAAAUGGAAGACCCCAAUUUGAAGCAUGACGACAAGAAGCUUAAGCGAAAGAAACGCCGACGUUCUGAUGCAUUGCUGAAAAAGCACCUGCGUGAUUGUGGAUUCUCCGACGCUUUAAGAGGUAUUUUUCAAACAAUUGAAGCUACAGAUUUCAGCAGUGCUUUAGAGCACACCAAUUAUGAAAAUACGAUCAUCUCUGAGUCUGAUACAACCUUCUUCGAAUCGAACACGGCCUUCUCUACAUCAGAUACAAUCCCCGCGGUACCAAACCUUGACGCGGAAACAUUGUCCUCUACUCAAGGCAUCACGUCCUCUGAGCUGACCAAAUUGGAAUUGACUACCGUCACGAUUUCUCAAAGUGACACAACUAUUGUUAUACUUUAUGACAGAGUGUGA